AUGGGCAUUGCAGUAAGCAACAUUGCCGAGUCCUGCACCCCCAACAACACGUUGGACUUGUCGUCAGACGAAGAACUGGCUGGCGAGCUGUCCUACACCAAUGCCGAUCGGAUCAUCAUCACCAUUGUGAACCCGUGCAUCCUGGCCGUGGGCCUGCUAGGCAACCUGGCGUUCCUGUUCGUGAUGCUCCGCGUGCGCCGCAUGUGGACUGUCACCAACAUCUACCUGACCAACCUGGCGGUGGCCGACACGUCCUUCCUGGUCAUCGGGGUUUCCGAGAAGAUCGCCCGCUACCGCGCCAGCCCGGUGUCCGGCGACCAGGGUAUCUUUGGACCUGGUGGCUGCAUCGUCGUUUACGUCCUCCUCGACGUGGCCUAUUGCGUUGGGCUCUGCCUCGUUACCCUGGUCACAGUGGAGAAGUACUACGCCAUCUGCAGACCUGUCCAGCACCGGCUGAUUGGCGGCAAGAAGCGCACCAAGAGACUGGUGCUGGCAGUGUGGUUGAUGGCGUGGAUCUUUGGUCUUGGUCUGCUCCCAACCUGGUCCAACUUCGUGGCCGUCUGCGCAGCCUGGCCAGAGACCGAGGCUUUCGCUGAUCACCCGCUAGUUGUUGGAUCCUGCCUCCCCGAAGCAGUAUGGCUCGUCGAUUUCCACAACGGCCUCCAGGCGGUUCCCUUCUUCGUCAGUCUAGUCGUCAAUGCUGUCCUUUACAUCCUCAUCAUCAAGCGUCUGAACACUCGCGUCGGCGCGGUGAACAAUGAAAACUCCAUCGGGCAACAGAGGAAGAACCUCCGGCAGCGGGUCCGCAACCAGGUGACCCGAAUGCUCAUCAUCAACGGUUCCAUAUUCUUCGCUUUCAUGGCCCCUUUCCAGUGCUCCUCAUUCGCAUUUGUCAUCAGCAACUCGACUGGGAACUAUGUCUUGAACAACGAACAAGUAACGAAGUUACUCUGGGUAACACGUACUCUGCUGUACCUCAACCCUGCCAUCAACCCAUACAUAUACGUCAUUACAAAUCCCAAAUACCGCCAAGCGUACGUGCAGGCCUUCACAUUUCGUAGCAAGAACCGCCGGGUGCCUUCUACAACUAUGGUCGAUGAAAUGUCAACCUACGUCCCCUAA